AUGGGUACCAGCGACUGCGACCUGGCGGAGCCAACGCCCGGCUUUGACUCUAUACAUGCCGCACUGGGGGCCGUGGCAGCAGGCGAGCUGGUGGUGGUGCUCGAUGAUGAGGACCGCGAGAAUGAGGGCGACCUCAUUGCCGCUGCCGACAAGAUAACCCCCGCCGCCAUGGCCUUCAUCGUCAACCAUACCAGCGGCGUGGUGUGUGUGGGCAUGGAGGGCGCGGACCUUGAUCGCCUUCGCAUCCCACUCAUGGUCAGCUCCACAGAGAACGAGGAGGCCAUGUGCACCGCCUUCACAGUCACUGUGGACCUGCGCCACGGCACGUCCACUGGCAUCUCCGCUGCCGACCGCGCCGCCACGCUUCGCGCAUUGGCAGAUCCAGAUGUGCGUCCCGAGGAUUUCAAGCGACCUGGGCACAUCUUUCCGCUGCGUGCCAGAGCGGGUGGGGUGCUUCGGCGACCUGGCCAUACUGAGGCCUCAGUGGACCUUUGCCGCCUGGCCAAGUGCCAGCCCGCAGGUGUGCUGUGCGAGAUUGUGAACCCUGAUGGCACCAUGGCACGCACACCGCAGCUGCUGCAGUUUGCAAAGACGCAUGGCCUCAAGUGCAUCACCAUUGCCGACCUUGUGCGGUAUCGACUCAAGUACGAUCCACUUGUGGAGUGCACAGCGGUGGCACCACUGCCCACAAGGUAUGGCGAGUUCACGGCGCAUGCCUAUCGGAGCCUGCUGGAUGGCACGGAGCACAUAGCACUGGUGAUGGGGCGAGUGCGGCAUGCAGACUCAGUCCUCACGCGAGUGCAUAGCGAGAGCAUGCUGAGCGACCUGUUUGGUGCGGCACGGUGCGACAGUGGCAGCCAGCUGGAUGCGGCGCUGGCAGGCAUAGGAGCGCGAGGCAGUGGGGUGCUGGUGUACCUGCGUGGCCAGCAGGGGCGAGGGCUCCCACUGGCAGAGGAGCUGCAGGCGCAUGCGACGGCAGAAGCAGAGGCCAAUGAUACCACUGCUUUUUCCCCGCCCCGCGCCCCACAGGUGGAUGCACGGGACUAUAGCGUGGCAGCCCACAUCCUGCGCGACCUUGGCGUCUCCUCCGUGGUUCUCGUGGCCGCAAACCCCGCCACGGUCAACUGCCUCAAAGCACACGGCAUGAAGGUUGCAACAGAGCAGCUGUCCACUCUGCCGGCGCCGCAGCUCUACGGUGCAGCCCCGGGCCCACUUGCUGCGGCCGCCACGGCAGCCACGCCAGAGAGCAGCAAGAAGGGACCCCGCAGCAGCAGAAAUGGCGCAGAACCGCACUUUGUGUGA